GUCCUAUUACAAGUGUCCAACUUGCUCUUCUGGAGGCCGGUACCAAACACCUUUCCAACAUCAUGGUCCACGUCGCGUAGACUGGAAGUUUAUCACUACCAUCGAGGAUCUAGAUCGGGCCCUCGGAGUUUCAGAAGGCAAUUUUAUUAUUGGACGUCUGCUUCUCCAGGAUAUCAGCUUCAUUAUAUCAUCAGACCACAGCUUCCAGUCUUCCAAGAACUCGACCACAAUCCAGCAGCUCGACUGCAACCUCCAUCAAGAUGCUCCAACUCGAGGGCCGCGCCCUCAUGUUGACGGUGACAUCGCUCACCUGUCUCAGUUUCUUCCUCAUCGGCUAUGACAACGGCCUCAUGGGCGGCCUCGUCAACACCCCCGCCUUCGACGCAACCUUCAACAUCACAACAAAAACCUCCUACGGCACAAACAUGAUCGCCCUCAUCGUCGCCAUCUACGAGAUCGGCUGUUUCAUCGGCGCCGUAAUCACAUCUUUCAUCGGCGAAUCCCUCGGACGCCGAAAAUCCAUCUUCAUUGGCGUGAUCAUUAUGAUCAUAGGCGCUCUCUUACAAGCUACGGCCUAUUCGAAAGCUCACAUGAUCAUCGCACGAAUCGUAAGCGGAGUAGGAAUGGGUGCAAUCAAUUCCACCGCUCCAGUCAUGAUGGCCGAAUUUGCGCCCAAAGCAACUCGAGGAAUUUACGUUUGUGCGCAGCUCUCCUGUCUUAACUUCGGAAUUAUGUUAGUCUACUGGAUCGAUUACGCUUUUGGCCGGAUUCCAGGAGGUUCGAGUUUCGUUUGGAGAACACCGGUUAUUCUGCAAUGCGUAUUCUUGAUCCCCAUGUUGGCGAUUAUUAUGAUCGUUCCCGAGACGCCGAGAUGGUUGAUUUCGCAUCAUCGGGGAGAAGAAGGGUUGGAUGUUAUAAGGAGGUUGAAUAAGGGGAAGAUGAGUGAAGAGGCGAUUGAGAGGACGUAUCAGGAGAUUUCGAAUGUGGUGGCUUAUGAGGCGAGUAUUGGAGCUGGGACCUGGGGGGAUCUACUCAAGAACGACGAUAUCCAGAGCCGACGGAGAUUCUUGAUCGCUUGCGCGGUGCAGAUUUUUCAGCAGUUGGGCGGCAUCAACGCCCUCAUCUACUACUCCAACACCCUCUUCCAAGACUCCCUCAACUUCUCCCCCAACUUCUCCGCCCUCAUGUCCGGCAUCCUCAACACCUGGUUCUUCCUCGCCUCUUUCAUCCCCUGGUUCCUCAUCGACCGCAUCGGCCGCCGCCCGCUCUUCCUCAGCAUGAUUUCCCUCAUGGCAGCCGUCAUGGUCGUGCAAACAGGCCUCAUCUGGAACGUCCAAAACGAUACCGCAAUCGCCACAGCAUGCGGAGCAGGCGCUGCUGCGAUGUUGUUUAUUUUCCAAGGAGCGUUUACGAUUGGUUUCCAGGCUACGGUUUGGGUGUACCCCUCUGAGAUCCUUCCGCUUAAACUCCGUCAACGUGGAUCAGCUGUUUCGACGGCUUGUAAUUGGAUUUGCAACUUCAUGAUCGUAUACAUCACUCCUCCUGCAAUUCGGAACAUUGGAUACAGGACGUACAUUAUCUUCGCUGUCCUCAACGCAACCUGGGUCCCCAUAAUCUACCUCUUCUUCCCCGAAACCAAAGGUCUCGCUCUCGAAGACGUCGAUCGCCUCUUCGCGAAAUCCGAUGCUGCGCAAAGACAAAUGAGUAUCAUCAUCGAUGACUCAAAGAAUGAGGGAGAUGUGGAGCAGAUUGCGGAUAUUGGAGGGUUGAAGAAAUGAUUGUGAUCGAAUGAUGGGAAAAAAAAAACGAUUUUGCAAAUCUGAUGUUGAAUGUCUACCAAACGAUCAAGUCCGUAGUCCAAAUGGAAG